AUGGCGGACUCGAACGAUACUAUCUCCGAAUCGACGUCCACCAAAACCCUGAGCAAUUCCGUCAUGGAGCUCCCGCCGUAUAAACCCUUAGACGAUAUCGGGAGGUUAUCAUUUAGUGAAAUCAACCUUCCCCCGAUGGAUCUUACUAUACGUUCUUUUGGCAAGAGUGCCUGCUCUGAAUUCGGUGAUGAGGUGGAAUAUAAUUCUGAUAUCGGUAACACUGUGUCCAGCAAUGGGAGACAGAUUGGUGUUUUCAGCGCUACGUUCCUUAUAUUCAAUCGGAUCAUUGGGACAGGGAUAUUUGCUACACCUAGUGCCAUCUUGGCUCAGACGGGCAGUGUUGGUAUGUCUCUUGUGGUUUGGAUUAUUGGAAUGUUGAUUGCGAUGGCUGGUACGGCCGUGUACCUUGAGUUUGGAACUGCUAUUCCUAGAAACGGUGGAGAGAAGAAUUACCUCGAAUAUGUUUACCGAAGGCCAAGGUUCCUAGCAACGGCGAUAUACGCCGCUUAUGCACUGCUACUGGGGUGGGCAGCUGGGAAUAGCGUUGUGUUUGGAGAAUAUGUUCUGCAUGCUGCGGGCGUCGAGGUUAACCGGUGGAACCAAAGGGGUAUUGGAUUUGGCUGCAUCACGGUAGCAUUUUUUGUCCAUGCUAUCGAGAUGAAAUGGGGCCUUCGCUUGCAGAAUGCGCUUGGGUUAUUGAAACUGAUCGUGAUUAUGGUCAUCAUAGUCAGCGGAGCGGUAGCACUGGCGGGAGGUACAUCGGGAAAAACGUCGAACAACUUUUCGAAUACCUGGGGGGACCGUCGUCCGAGUAUAUAUGGGAUGGUCACGGCACUGUAUAGCGUCAUAUGGUCAUAUGUUGGCUAUUCAAAUGCUAACUACUCUCUCAGUGAAACUCGAAAUCCCAUUCGGACGUUGAAAAUCGCGGCCCCUAUAGGGGUCACCUUGGUCGGCAUUCUGUAUUUGCUGGUCAAUAUAGCAUACUUCGCCGCCGUACCAAAGGAGGAGAUCUUAGGUUCCGGACGCAUACUCGCAGCCUCCUUUUUCCGCAACAUCUUUGGUCCCAAGGCAGAGCGGGUUCUGUCUAUAUUCAUUGCGCUGUCAGCCUUUGGAAAUGUUCUGGCGGUGCUGUUUUCACAGGGAAGAAGGAUAUUAGUCGUCCAGGCACUCGGUGAAGAAGGGGUCCUCCCGUUGUCGAAAUUCUGGGCGAGCAAGCGUCCAUUCAACUCUCCAGCCGCCGGCCUGUUGGAGCACUAUAUCCUAUCGGCUAUAGUGAUGCUUGCACCGCCGCCUGGAGACGCAUAUAUCUUUCUCCUAAAUUAUGAAUUGAACAGCAUGAUUUCGUACCCUCUGUCGGUGGUAAAUGUGCUGGUUUCCGCAGGACUUAUGCACAUAUAUCUUCGCCCAUCAAAGUACCCCGGAUGGGCACCAGGCAUUCGAGCAACGCUGCCAGUCACGAUUUUCUUCCUUGUAUCCAACAUUUACCUCACCGUUGCGCCGUUCCUCCCGCCGCCCAACCCAAAGGACAACGUAGCAUCCCUUGGAAGAGAACAACGGAGCAGUAAGAACGGUAGCGGUGAGGGUCCCAUCGGUGAAUAUCAGUAG